UUAACAACAACGUUUUAGGACGAAUUCAGUUCCCUUUUUCAUUGUCCUUUUUCCCUAAGUCUGAGGUAGAGAAAAAUUGCAUUUCUCUCUGCCUUAGACUGCAAUGGCGUUCCAAGAUUUCGACCUCGUGUCUGAAAGGCGGAAAACCAAUGCCAAAUCACACCUAAGAAAAAAAAUUAUGGUUGGCGUUACUUCCGCCCUUCUCAUAGCAUGUGUCAUAGCAGCUGCAGCUUUCGUUAUCGUGAGACAUACGGGACUAGGACUGGACAAUAAUUCGAAACAAGUUCCGACUGCAGCUUCAGAAGCCACGCAUGUCGAUAAAUAUUCCAGGCUUGUGAAAAUGCUAUGUAGCAAUUCAGAUUACAAGGCAAAAUGUGAAAGCACACUUACUGAGGCAUUGAAAAAAGAUCCUAAGUUGACAGAACCAAAGGAUCUUCUAAUGGUUUCUAUGGUAGUCGCCCAGAAUGAAAUUAAUAGGGCGUUCAACGAAUCUUCGAACUUGAAAUUCGCUAACGAGGAAGAAAAGGGAGCUUAUGAUGAUUGUAAAGUAAUGUUUGCUUCUUCUAAAGAAGAAUUGGGAUUCUCAAUCAAUGAAGUUGGUCAAGUUGAUGUUUCCAAACUAGCUUCAAAAGAAGCUGAUUUGAAUAACUGGCUUAGUGCUGUUUUAUCUUACCAACAAACGUGCAUUGAUGGUUUCCCCGAAGGAGAUUAUAAGGAAAAAUUGGAGAAGAUGUUUACUGAAUCAAGGCAACUUGUGAGCAAUUCACUUGCUGUUGUUUCACAAGUUUCUCAAAUUGUUAAUGUAUUCCAUGGUGGACUUGCUGGACUCAGAUUACCUUUGGGUAAAACUGCACCAACUCCCGCUCCCGUUGCUGUUGCUGCUGCUCGUGGUGCUGCUGCUCCUGCUGGUUCGCCUGGUGCUGCACCUUUUGGUGCUCCCGGUGCUUCUCCAAUAGUCGAUGCUCCUGCUGGUGCUCCUGGCGCUGCUCCGGUUGGUGAUGUUGCUGCUCCUCCUCCAUGGGCUGCACCAGUUCUUGAGUUGGUUGGAUCAACUGAGAAACCUACUCCUAAUGUCACCGUUGCGCAAGAUGGUAGUGGAGAUUUCAAAACCAUCUCUGAAGCUUUGGCUGCCAUACCAUUAACCUAUGAAGGAAGGUAUGUUGUUUAUGUUAAAGAAGGAGUGUAUGAUGAGUUGGUUACAGUAACAAAGAAAAUGGUGAACCUUACCAUGUAUGGUGAUGGAGGUUUAAAGAGUAUCGUCACCGGAAACAAAAAUUUCGUCGAUGGAGUUAGAACUUUCCAAACUGCAUCAUUCGUUGUACUUGGAUGUGGAUUUGUUGGAAGAGACAUGGGAUUCAGAAACACAGCCGGUGCGAUAAAGCAUCAAGCCGUGGCCGCCAGGAUCCAAGCAGAUCAAACUGUAUUCGUCAACUGCAACUUUGAGGGUUACCAAGACACACUCUAUGCGCAAACUCACAGACAAUUCUACCGCGACUGUGUCAUUUCAGGCACAAUCGAUUUCAUCUUCGGUGACGCGUCAGCAGUCUUCCAAAACUGCGAAAUGGUCCUUAGGAAGCCGCUGGAGAACCAACAAAACAUUGUGACAGCACAAGGAAGAAUCGACAAACAAGAAAACACCGGAUUCGUUCUACAAAAAUGUGUGAUCAAGGGAGAAGCUGACCUUCCUCCAACUACCAAGAACUACAUUGGAAGACCAUGGAAGGAAUAUUCAAGAACAAUUAUCAUGGAGUCUGACAUAGGUGCAUUGAUUCAUCCUGAAGGUUGGUUACCUUGGGAAGGUGAUUUUGCACUAACAACGUUGUAUUAUGGUGAGUAUAACAACGUUGGUGCUGGUGCUAACACUGAUGCUAGAGUUAAGUGGAUUGGACGCAAAAAUAUUAAUAGGGAGGAGGCUCUCACUUAUACUGUGGAACCUUUCUUGCAAGGAACAUGGAUCAAUGGUACGGGUGUCCCAGCUAAUUUGGGAUUGUACAAUUGAUUUAUUUUUUUAUAAAUGUAGCACUUUUGUGUACACAACUUCAGUUCAAUGCUUGAAUAGACAAUUCAU